GUUUGAUAUAUCAGUUCCUGUGCACUCGACCCCCUCCUCUCUUUCUGGACGCUGGCUCCUGUGAAGUAACUUGUUUCAUCAGCCCAGUGUUCCUAGAGCACCUCUUGAGCGUCCAUCCAUGGAGAACACUGUGGAACAUCAGAAUGGCAGUGACCAUGAAGAAGGAGACCCCAUGGAGGGCUUCAACCAGCAACUUGAAGACAUCGUCAAGACGUACGGAAUAGCUGCCGCUCUCAUGGAAGAGCAGAUCUCCAAUCUGGAGAAGCAAGAGCAGGAGGAGCCUGGUGGGGACCAAGACGUAGCCGGCCCCGGGUCUGCCUCAGGAAAUGGCACUGCUCAGCUCAUGAAGAGCCUGGAAAAAGUCAAAUCACCCGAUCAGAAGGUCAAGAUCCUCCUGGAAAAGUAUGCAGAGUUACUGAAGCGUCAGCAGAGCGAGCAGAAGAAGAACAGCUUUCUUGAAAAGAAAAGCGAGUCACUGAAGAUGCAGAAAGACAACCUGCACCUGGAGCUCAGCAAAGCCCUUCUGGCCCGCUCUAAACUAGAGGAACUCUGCAAAGACCUCCAGGGCUACAACAAGACCUUGAGGGGUGAGUUUGUGCAAAAGUUUAACGAUGACGAGUCAAAGAGAAAGGAGGUCACCACUCACUUCCAGACGACGCUGGUCGACAUCCAGGCGCAGAUUGAUGAGUACAGCGUCCGCAACCUCAAGCUGUGCAAGGAGAACUCCGACCUCGCUGAGAAGCUCAACAACAUCAUCCAUCAGUAUGAGAAGCGUGAGGAGAGCCUGGAGAAGAUCUUCAAACAUCAUGAUGUGCAGCAAAAGUUGGCUGAAGCCAAACUUGAACAAGCAAACAUUUUGCUGAAGGAGGCCGAGGUCAAUCACAAGAAGGAAAAGGAAUAUUUGCUUAAAGAAGCUAUUGAGAAAACAAAGAAAUGCUACGCAAUGAAGGAGCAGGAGUUAUCAAUGAAGAAGCAGCUAGUUCUGUACUCCCAGAAGUUUGAAGAAUUUCAGUCUACGCUUGGGAAAAGUAAUGAUAUAUAUGUCACCUUCAAAGAAGAAAUGGACAAGAUGAGAGGCAAGAUGAAAAAGCUGGAGAAGGAGUCAGACUUCUGGAGAGAUCGUUUUGAAAACUGUAACAAGUCACUCAUGGAACUGAUCAAUGAGAGAACUGAAAAAGCAAAGGAAUUUGAGAUUUUUGUCCUCAAAGUGGACAAACUCGAGACCUUGUGCAGGGCUUUGCAGCAAGAGAGGAAGGGUCUGUACGACAAAAUCAAAGGCAUUAGGUAUGAAAUGUUCCAUCCGGAUGUGCAACAGGCAACCACAAUGAAAGAGGAAGAGGUGCCUGAAGGCGGGCUGGAGAAGAUCGGUGUGCUGGGUGUCACGACAGAGAUGGCCAAGUUGAAAGCUGAGCAGUUGCGACUGCAAGAACUGGCCGCCUCUAUCACAGCAUCUGUUGAAAAAAAAAACCAACCAGGUGGCUCAGACGAGGAGGAGGAGAAGGAUAAGGGGGAGGACAGCGCAGCAGACAACUCUAACAAGAUGUCACCUGCACCUGAACUGGUGCAAGAGGCCCAGAAGUCAGAACCAUGCAAACCAGAGUUAGCAAAAGAGCCGAUUAAGGCUGAAACACAGGUUUUAGAGCAACCGAAGGUUGCAGACAUUGCAGAAGUGGUUAAAACUCAACCAGAGGUACUUCCAGUUCAAUUGGUCAGCUCUUCAGAAGCUAAAACAGAGGGGCAGGUACAAGAUCAUGUGAAGACAGAAGCAGUUGUGCCCACGGAAACUGCGCCAGUCGUAAUUUCAUCAGGCGAGGGAAACGCAAACCAACAACAAGAACACAGCGCCUCAGCCCAGGCAAGCACAGCAGCUCCGCCACCAGUAGGUGCAGAAAGCACUAAAGCAGAGGUGUCUGUACCAAAGGCUGAAGAGAAGCCCCAACCUGCCCCGCAAGAGAAGCCCCAACCUGCGCCCCAAGAGAAGCCCCAACCUGCCCCGCAAGAGAAGCCCCAACCUGCGCCCCAAGAGAAGCCCCAACCUGCCCCGCAAGAGAAACCCCAACCUGCCCCGCAAGAGAAGCCCCAACCUGCGCCCCAAGAGAAGCCCCAACCUGCCCCGCAAGAGAAGCCCCAACCUGCGCCCCAAGAGAAGCCCCAACCUGCGCCCCAAGAGAAGCCCCAACCUGCCCCGCAAGAGAAGCCUGCUGCAGAGGGACCAGCCAAGGCUGAGGUAGUAAGUCAAGCGAAGCCACAAGCCACGCAGGCAAAGCCACAGACGCCCAACGCAGAGGCACAGGCGUCCAACGGAAAGCCCAAAGGAAAAAAGGGAAAGAAAAAAGGAAAGAAAUGAGCACUCACCGGCCUUAUCUGGAAGCUCAUUUUAUUUUAUUAUUUUUGGCACUGAUUUUUUUUUUGAACUUUUAUGACAGUAGAGAUAACAUUUUUGACAAUAUUUGUAUUCUUUAUAUAUCCUAUAGCCAAAUGUUUACAUGAUUAUUAGAGAUGGCGUAUUGUACAAUAGCUGUAAGCUUUCUUUGGAUAUUGUAUUAUAAAGUAUUACCAAAUAUGGUAGAUAAGAGGAAAAUACUUCAGGCUCUGACUUUUCCGGGAUCCAUGUGAUGUCAGGUGAACGCCCCUUUAGGAGACCUGCGGUUAGGAGACCUUUGGAUCUCACGGUUGAGAAUCAAGGAGUUCCCUUAGCGCUGUAGAUGGCGGUAGCGCACACCUUGUCCAGCCACCACCAAACACCACUAACAGAGAAGAAGGAGGGGACAACGCCCCCUUAGGAGACCAAACUUGAGCACACUCUUUUGCAUUGGGUGGGCGGAGUUUGAAUCCUCUUUCUUUAAUCUACCCUCUUUGAUAUUACCAUUUUUAAUUUAAGGAGCCCUUAGUUACCAAUGCUGAUUAGAUUCCUACUCUAAAAUAAAGGUGUCAUUAUUAGUA